AUGCCUGCUACCAGUUGCGCAUUCUGCACUGGUAGCGGAGCUGGUCUCCGAGCCAUGUCCGCUGGCAGCUCCAUUUUCUGGCGAGAUGAUGAGGUGGUCGUCGACAGAGACGGCAUUCCCUAUUACACGGGGGUGAAGCCUGAGUUGACGAAAGAGUGCAGGCGAAGGGUAUUGUUUGCUUUUCAGUCCCUUGAAGGCGAUCGAGAUACCGAAGAGAAGGAGCGUAGAGACCUUUCCAAGAAGAAGAAGAAGAAGAAGCAGAAGAAGAAGAAGAAGGCGUUUGCAAAGCGUUUGCUGAAUGGGCUUCAUGGAGAAGCGUGGAAGGCAUGUCAAGAGCUCAUCACCGACAUGGCAAAGCUGAGUGAAGAGCAGGGGUACAAACACGUGCUCGCCUGCUUGCAGUCGAUUGAGAAGUUGGCUGUGGUGAAGAAGACGGAGCAGUUUGACAGAUUCUUCGAGAAGGGAUUCCGUCGAAGGGGCCAAGCACUUGAUCAAUAUCUUCGCUUUCGGCGGCAGGACUGGUCCGAUCUUCAGGACCUUGACUCCGCUACGUCGAUGUCUAGUGACCUCCUGGCCGACUUUGUUCUGAAGCACAGCGGGCGCAGCAAAGAUGAUAGGCGGCAGAUCCUUGUGAACACGGGGUCCAACUACCACCCCGACAGCAUCGAGAAAGCCAUGAGGGUGUCUUUUCAUGAUUACCAUGAGCGUGAAAAGGCUUCCAAGCCGGAUGAUCGAAAGCCGAAGGGCUAUGGCAAGGGGAAGCGAUACUAUGCCCACAUGGUUGACGAUGAAGAGGCUCUGGACGAGGAAGACGUUCCAGAGUAUGACCCGGGCUCUGCCUAUGCCCAGAUGGAUGAAUAUGACAGCAUUGCUGAGUAUGACCAGGCUUCAGAGUAUGACAAGACCUCUGCAUGUGACCAGGGUGGCCAGACUGAGUCCUGUGACGCGGACCCACCAUCGGAUUUUGGGGCCUCGGGCGAUGACGAGGUUUUCCAAGCCUUUGCCACCAUGGACAGGCAGAAGUUUCUUGGGCUUGGUGGUUCAGAUGAGAAGGAAUGGCAUGCAUGGUGGGAGAAGGAUGUGAAGAAUGCCUACUUCAGUGGGAAGUCCUUGGAAAGAGACAUUAACCUCGAACAACCACGAGGCGGCCUGGGACAGCUAAAGCCUGGGCAGUUGAUGAAGGCCAAGAAGGCCGUCUAUGGUUUCAGCGAAGCGGCGAGACUUUUCUGGGUUGCUUUGAAAGGCCAUUUGGAAAGCGAUGGAUGGGUUCAAAGCCGUUUGGAGCCAGCGCUUUUCUUUCUUCCUGACAGUCAGUCACGAUUGGUUGGUAUUUUGGUUACCCAUGUUGAUGAUGUCGAAGGAGGCGUCCAGCAGGACUACGUUGACAGAGCUUUUGCCAAGUACAGCCAGGCCUCGGAGUAUGCCACAAACCGCUUCAAGGAGUUUGUCUUUCGCGGUCGAGAAAUCAAACAGCGUGACCGCGGGCAUGUUGAUGUUUCAAUGAGAAACUACUCCCUGAACACCAAGAAGAUUCAAAUCGACCGCAUUCGCAGACAGCAACUUGAGAGUUCACUGACAGAGGAGGAGUUUAACAGGUGUAUCAAUCUGGCGCAGGCGAAGCGUGUUUGUAGGUUGGCAGCUGAAGCAUCCCAUUUAGCCGAGGCCAUUGAGGCCGAAGCUUUGAGCGGGGAACUGAAUUUGAAAGAUUGGCCCAGCGUAGUUCAACGGCGCCAAAGAGUUUAUGUGACGGAUGCCAGAAGCGUCUUUGACUAUUUGCAGGAGGACUCCACAAGCACUUCCAGUGACAAAAGGAUGGCAAUCGAAGGAGCACUUCUUCGAGAAACAGUGCGCCAGCCUGGCGCAAGUGUCAGAUGGGUCGACGGCAUGCAGAACAUCGCCAAUGUUCUGACGAAGGCCAAUGCCGAGAAGGAGACUUUGAAAGAGUUCUUGCGAGAUGGAGUGAUGACUUUGGUUCAGAGCGAGUCCAACAAGAUUCUCAAAGAGCGGAAAAGAUUACAGAGACAGAAGCGUGCUGCGAAAGUUAGUCUUGAGAGUCACAAAAACAAGCCGAUACCGAGUGAAGCAGAAGAGAGCAUUGACUUGGAGCAGUUGCAACCUUGGAGCCUGCCGGCUCAAACACCAGAGGCGCAUCAGGUUGCCAGGUCUUCGCUUCUCUGGGCCUGGCUCUUGGCCACCAGGUGGUGGUACAGUGAUGCCGAGCGGCUCCGGGCACUGGAGCAAAAGCCCGGAGGGGCCAUUUUUUUGGACCUCUUGGCCCGGCCUCUGAUGGCGCAUUUCGGUCCCUACCAGAUACCCAACUUCUGCCGGGCCAAGAUGCAUGAAGAUGCGCUGAAGAUGCUCCAGGAGUCUGUGAUGUUGGACCACGAACGAUUUCGAGCCUUGAGCAGGCUCGGGCAACUUUCUCGGAGGCGCUUGGCAGCCCAAAGCUUGGCUCCCUUGGGCGUUCCAGCAGCACCAGGUUCACCGCUUCUGGCUAUCGAACCUUUACUUUUCGAUGCGUUCUACAAGGACUCCAAAGACGAGUCCCGCGCGCCGGGGGGCAGCACAGAGUCCCACCGGUCGCUGGCUGCGCAGAUCAUUUUGGAUGUGGUGGCCGAAUGUCCACCCGAGGAGCGUCCAGUGGCGCCCUGGGUGUUGAAGGGUGUGAUCAAGGCGAAGGGGGCACCCUGGCAAUCUGGUGCACAAGGAGAAGAAGUGCGGGCCACGCUGCUUCUGCAACUGCUGCGCACUCCAAGCAAUGCGGCGGCAGCAUGUCCUGAGGUGUGCCAGUACCUCUCCCAGCCAGGUCUGAAGCGAAAGGAAGACACGGCAUGGCCACUGAAGGCGUACCUCCUGAGUGGAGAAACUCACGACCUUCUGCGAAAGGGAGCGCGGCUGGUGGCGAAACAACGUCCAGAUGCAUUGGAGCUUCAAUCCAGGAGGGAACGAGACACGCCCAGCCUGCCGAUUAAACGUGAUCUGAGAAAUCUUUGGACCACGGUGUUGCUCUCUGCAGGAUGGUCAGCCAUGCGGCAUUUCUCCGGUGUAUACACCCUUCAGGCAACGGUUCAGCUGGUCUGGGGGGUUGCUGGAGCGUUAGCAGGCACCACGGUACUUGAAGUUCUCUGGAGACUCGAAGAACUGGUCAUCGAAUCAGAGUGGUAUUGGGAGGAUGGGUAUGGUAGCGUGCCGGCUUCUGCUGCGAUGAUGCUUGCAAACUGCAUAUCUUUGGCAUGGGCGGCGCGCUUUUCUUGCAUCGUCCCUUUUGCCAUCUGCAGACUGGUGAAAGAUGACUACAUCGAUUUGCCCGCGCGAAGCUUUGAUUGAAAAAAAAAAGAGCUGCCAAGCUGCUGCCCUUUGCGCGUGGACGUGACGUGACGUGCGCCAAGACUAAAAAUCGAAGCGAAACGUCGUGGCGAGCGGCGAAACGUCGUCGCGGUUCCAACCGCUGGUGUCAGCCAAGUUGCGCAGAAAACUCGGUGCAUAGUGGAGAAUAGCGUCCGAAGGCACUGCGGAGUGUCCCCAAAUUUUCGAAAACAAAAGAACAUGGACUACUUCCUCUUGACAUGUCCUUUUUCACAAGGCCUAUCGAGUCUAUCCUUGCGUGGUUCCUCCUCGGAAUCGUCCAUUAAGAUCCCUUCCGGGAAGACUAGCUCGCAGACA